UAGAGCCUGCGCUGGUGCCCCGAGUGCUGGGGGACAUGGAUCCCGGCGGUCGGUGGCGGAGCCUCCCCAGUGGGCCUAGCCUAAAGCAUUUGACCGACCCAUCUUACGGGAUCCCGAAGGAGCAGCAGCAGGCGGCGUUGCAGGACCUGACGCGGGCGCACGUGGACUCCUUCAACUACGCCGUGCACGAGGGUCUCAGUCACGCAGUGCAGGCUAUACCUCCCUUUGAGUUUGCUUUUAAAGAUGAGCGUAUCUCUCUUACUAUUGUGGAUGCGGUCAUCAGUCCACCAACAGUUCCAAAAGGGACCAUCUGCAAAGAGCUCAAGGUUUAUCCAGCCGAAUGUCGUGGGCGAAGGAGUACCUACCGUGGGAAGUUGACAGCUGAUAUCAGCUGGGCAGUGAAUGGAAUCUCAAAAGGAAUCAUUAAACAGUUUCUUGGCUAUGUUCCCAUCAUGGUGAAGUCCCAGCUCUGUAACUUACACCACCUUCCUCCACAAGCCCUCAUCGAGCACCAUGAGGAGGCAGAGGAAAUGGGAGGUUACUUUAUAAUCAAUGGCAUUGAAAAAGUUAUCCGAAUGUUGAUUAUGCCUCGGAGAAAUUUCCCCAUUGCAAUGGUAAGACCAAAGUGGAAAAGCAGAGGACCUGGAUAUACUCAGUUUGGAGUUUCAAUGCACUGUGUGAGGGAAGAACAUUCUGCUGUCAACAUGAACCUUCACUAUGUGGAAAAUGGCACAGUUAUGUUGAACUUUAUUUACCAGAAAGAAUUGUUUUUUCUUCCUUUGGGAUUUGCACUGAAGGCGCUUGUUGGCUUUUCUGAUUAUCAGAUUUUUCAGGAACUCAUCAAAGGAAAAGAGGAUGACUCUUUCUUUAGGAGCUCUGUUUCUCAGAUGUUAAGGAUUGUAAUGGAAGAGGGUUGUUCCACACAAAAGCAGGUCCUUAACUAUCUAGGUGAAUGCUUCAGAGUAAAACUCAAUCUUCCUGACUGGUACCCUAAUGAACAAGCUGCAGAGUUCCUGUUUAACCAGUGCAUCUGCAUCCACUUGAACUCCAGUACUGAAAAGUUUUAUUUGCUUUGUCUCAUGACCCGGAAGCUCUUUGCUUUAGCAAGAGGAGAGUGCAUGGAGGACAAUCCUGAUAGCUUAGUGAAUCAGGAAGUUCUUACACCUGGUCAACUCUUCCUUAUGUUUCUAAAGGAAAAAAUGGAAACUUGGUUAGUGUCUAUUAAAAUGGCCUUAGAUAAAAAAGCACAGAAGACCAAUGUGUCCUUAAACACUGAAAAUUUGAUGAAGAUUUUCAGUAUGGGAGCAGACCUUACAAGACCAUUUGAAUAUCUUCUUGCUACUGGGAAUCUGCGAUCAAAAACAGGUCUUGGCUUCCUGCAAUAUUCUGGACUGUGUAUUGUGGCUGACAAGCUGAACUUCAUACGCUAUCUCUCCCAUUUCCGCUGUGUGCACAGAGGGGCUGCUUUUGCGAAGAUGAGAACCACGACAGUACGCAGGCUGCUGCCAGAGUCCUGGGGCUUCCUUUGCCCUGUGCACACCCCAGAUGGGGCGCCCUGUGGUCUGAUGAACCACUUAACUGCCAUAUGUGAGGUUGUCACUCAGUUUGCUUAUACAACAUCUAUUCCAGCCUUGCUCUGCAGCUUGGGGGUCACUCCUGUUGAUGGAGCCCCACAUCGACCAUACAGUGAGUGCUACCCUGUCCUGCUGGAUGGCGUCAUGCUGGGCUGGGUGGAUAAGGAGCUUGCUCCUGGCAUUGCAGAUUCUCUCCGGCAUUUUAAGGUGUUGAGAGAAAAAAAAAUUCCUCCAUGGAUGGAGGUGGUCCUUAUCCCCAUGACAGGAAAACCAAGUCUGUACCCAGGAUUGUUCCUUUUUACCACUCCUUGCAGACUGGUACGGCCUGUGCAGAACUUGGAAUUGGGCAAAGAAGAACUAAUUGGAACUAUGGAACAGCUCUUCAUGAACGUUGCUGUCUUUGAGAACGAGGUUUUUGCUGGCGUUAGCACACACCAGGAGCUCUUCCCUCACAGCCUGCUGAGUGUGAUCGCCAACUUCAUCCCCUUCUCUGAUCACAACCAGAGUCCACGGAACAUGUACCAGUGCCAGAUGGGUAAACAGACUAUGGGCUUCCCACUUCUCACUUACCAAGACCGAUCUGAUAAUAAACUCUAUCGUCUUCAGACUCCACAAAGUCCUUUAGUAAGACCAUACAUGUAUGAUUAUUAUGACAUGGAUAACUAUCCAGUUGGGACAAAUGCCAUUGUUGCUGUGAUUUCUUACACUGGCUACGAUAUGGAAGAUGCUAUGAUUGUGAACAAGGCUUCUUGGGAACGAGGCUUUGCCCAUGGAAGUGUCUACAAGACUGAAUUCAUAGACCUUGCUGAAAGAAUUAAACAAGGAGAUGACACCCUGGUGUUUGGGGUUAAACCUGGUGACACACGGGUUGUGCAGAAGUUAGAUGAUGAUGGAUUGCCGUUUAUAGGAGCUAAACUGCAGCAUGGAGAUCCCUAUUACAGCUACCUAAACCUCAGCACUGGGGAAAGUUUUGUGACAUACUAUAAGAGUAAAGAAAAUUGUAUAGUGGAUAACAUCAAAGUGUGUAGUAAUGAUACUGGGAGUGGAAAAUUCAAGUGCGUUUGUAUCACGAUGAGAGUCCCUCGAAAUCCAACUAUUGGAGAUAAAUUUGCCAGUCGUCAUGGGCAGAAGGGCAUUUUGAGCAGAUUGUGGCCUGCUGAGGACAUGCCUUUUACUGAGAGUGGGAUGGUGCCAGAUAUUCUGUUCAAUCCUCAUGGUUUUCCAUCUCGUAUGACAAUUGGUAUGUUAAUUGAAAGUAUGGCUGGGAAGUCUGCAGCUUUGCAUGGUCUCUGCCACGAUGCUACACCCUUCAUCUUCUCUGAAGAGAACUCAGCCUUAGAGUACUUUGGUGAGAUGUUAAAGGCAGCUGGCUACAACUUCUAUGGCACCGAGAGGUUGUACAGUGGUAUCAGUGGGGUAGAACUGGAAGCAGACAUUUUCAUAGGUGUGGUUUAUUAUCAGCGCUUACGCCACAUGGUAUCAGACAAAUUUCAAGUUAGGACAACUGGAGCCAGGGACAAAGUUACCAACCAGCCUCUUGGGGGAAGAAAUGUCCAGGGUGGAAUCCGUUUUGGGGAGAUGGAACGGGAUGCUCUUUUGGCCCAUGGUACAUCUUUUCUCCUUCAUGACCGCCUCUUCAACUGCUCUGAUCGCUCAGUUGCCCACGUGUGUGUGAAGUGUGGUAGUUUACUCUCUCCACUGUUGGAGAAGCCACCCCCUUCUUGGUCUGCUAUGCGCAACAGAAAAUACAACUGUACUCUUUGUAAUCGCAGUGACACUGUCGAUACUGUCUCUGUGCCUUAUGUUUUUCGGUAUUUUGUAGCUGAACUGGCAGCAAUGAACAUCAAAGUGAAACUGGAUGUCAUUUAACUUGAUGCUGGCCUUUGGCUUAGGAGAUCUUUCAUAUUAAAAACAAAAUAUAACUUCAGUGAAGACAUUAUGACUGUCACUUUUGUUUAGUAGUACUGGGGUUUGUAUUCAGGGGUUUGAGCUUGCUAGGCAGGCACACUUUGCUACUUGAGUCACUCUGCCAACCCUUUUUGCAUUGGUUAUUUUUGAGACGGUCUUGCUUUAUGCCUGGGCCAAACUGGACCACAGUCCUCCUAUUUAGGCUUCCCCACAUAGCUGGGAUGACAGGCCCAUGCCGCAGCACUCAGCUAUUGGUGGAGAUGGGUUUUCAUAAACUUUUUGCCUGGAUGGCCUUUAACCACAAUUUUUUCUAUCUCUUCCUCCCAAGUAGCUAAGAUUACAGUCUUGGCCACUGCACCCAGCUUACUCUUGGUUUUUUCAAGGGUGUUAAUACUUCUUACCAUAACCAGGCAACCAAGAAUUCAUGCUUCCUCAGUCUCUCUGGUAGAAUAACUACUGGAGUUGAUUUGGGGUAUUUUUUUAAAAAUUCCAUGUGUUUCUUUUAAAAUGGGGUAUUGAUAAAUAGAAGAUCAUACAGGGAAAAGUCUCCUUCCAAGCCCCAAGUUUCCUAUUCUCUGCUUUCAACAGAGAUUUCUGUAUGUUUGUCUUUGUAGAGCAGAACAGUAUGACAAACAGAAAAUGCAAGCCAUAUAUGUAAUUUUUUAUUCUUGUAGCCACAUAAACUACUGAAAAUAUUUUAACAGUAUUAUUGAAGUAGGAUUAUUAUGAAAAACUAUACAUAUUUAAUUACACACUUUGAUGCAUUUGAACAUAAGGACAGCCUGUGAUACCAUCACCACAAGGUAAGUAAACAUAUCCAUUAUUUCCAAAGGUGUCCCCUGCCCCUUUGGGGUUUUAGUUUUUGUGUGUGUGUCAGAGGUAUCAGGGGGAGUGGGGAGAUCUUCCCUCUUGGCCAGUUUUCAGGUAUACUGUAGAAAAUUGUCACCUGCAGCUACUACAUUGCACAGCAGAUCUCUGGAAUUUAUUCAUCUUGCAUCACUGAAACUCUUUAACUGUUGAGCAACUCCUCCAUUUCCCUGGCCUCUGGAAACCACUAUUCUACUGUUUCUAUGAGUUUGACAAUUUUAGAUAAUUCAUGUGUGGGAUCAUGUGGCAUUUGUCCUUCUGUGAUUGGCUUACUUCACUUAGCAUAAUGUCCUCAAGGUUCAGCCAUGUCGUAUAUAGAAUAUGGCAGGAUGUCCUCCGUUAUGACUGAAUGUAUCUUAUUUUAAUGUAAUAUAGCCAAAAUGACACUUAAACAUGUAAAGAAUAUUAAAAAUUUGAGAUAAAUUUUUUUUU